AUGGAUCCAGAGAACCUGCCAGUCAUCAAUAACUACCUGGAUGCCAAUGAGCUUGUGUCCUCGGAGGCCCGUCUGAGCCGCAUGCACUUCCGUGACAACCAGAGGAAGGUUGACUAUGUGCUGGCCUACCACUACCGGAAACGUGGGGCGCACCUGGGUCACGGCUCCCCUGGCCACUCACUGGCUAUCAUCUCCAAUGGGGAGACGGGCAAGGAGCCCCACGCCGGGGGCCCUGGUGACGUAGAGCUAGGGCCUGUGGAUGCCCUGGAGGAGGAGAGGAAAGAGCAGCGGGAAGAGUUUGAACACAACCUCAUGGAGGCUGGACUGGAGUUAGAGAAAGACCUGGAAAAUAAAAGCCAGGGAUCCAUCUUUGUGCGGAUACACGCCCCGUGGCAGGUGCUGGCCAGAGAGGCAGAAUUCUUGAAGAUCAAAGUUCCCACCAAGAAAAUGUACGAGAUCAAAGCAGGAGGCAGCAUUGCGAAGAAGUUCAACGCCAUUCUGCAGAAGCUCAGCUCGCCUCUGCAGCCCAGAGUCCCGGAGCAUAGCAACAACAAGAUGAAGAAUCUGUCUUACCCAUUCUCCAGGGAGAAGAUGUACCUGUACAACAUCCAGGAAAAGGACACCUUCUUUGAUAAUGCCACCCGAAGCCGCAUCGUGCACGAGAUUCUGAAGCGCACAGCCUGCUCCCGAGCCAACAACACGAUGGGUAUUAACUCUCUGAUAGCAAACAAUAUUUAUGAGGCUGCCUACCCCCUCCACGAUGGUGAAUACGAUAGUACAGGGGAGGACAUGAACGACAGAAAGCUGCUGUAUCAAGAAUGGGCACGAUAUGGAGUCUUUUACAAGUUUCAACCUAUUGACCUCAUCAGAAAGUAUUUUGGAGAAAAAAUUGGAUUAUAUUUUGCCUGGUUGGGAUUAUAUACAUCAUUCCUUAUCCCAUCUUCUGUAAUCGGAGUGAUCGUGUUUCUUUAUGGAUGUGCAACAAUUGAAGAAGAUAUCCCCAGCAGAGAGAUGUGUGACCACCAGAACUCCUUCACCAUGUGUCCACUGUGUGACAAGUCCUGUGAUUACUGGAACCUCAGCUCAGCCUGCGGAACUGCGCGAGCCAGCCAUCUGUUCGACAACCCGGCCACUGUCUUCUUCUCCAUCUUCAUGGCCCUAUGGGCUACUAUGUUUCUGGAAAACUGGAAGAGACUACAGAUGCGACUGGGCUACUUCUGGGACCUGACUGGUAUAGAGGAGGAGGAAGAGCGUGCCCAGGAACAUUCCCGGCCUGAGUAUGAGACCAAAGUUCGAGAGAAAAUGCUAAAGGGGAGCAACAAGUCGGUUGUCCAGAAACUGGAAGCGAGCACGCCUGAGGACGAUGAGGAUGAUGAAGAUAAACUGACCUGGAAAGACCGUUUCCCGGGUUACUUGAUGAACUUCGCCUCCAUCUUGUUCAUGAUUGCCCUGACAUUCUCGAUUGUCUUUGGGGUGAUUGUAUAUCGGAUCACAACUGCAGCUGCUCUGUCUCUCAACAAAGCCACGCGCUCCAAUGUCCGGGUCACGGUGACAGCAACAGCAGUUAUCAUCAACCUUGUGGUCAUCCUUAUCCUGGAUGAGAUCUAUGGGGCUGUAGCACAGUGGCUUACACCUGUUCCAAAAACAGAACAGACUUUUGAAGAGCGCUUGAUCCUCAAAGCUUUCUUGCUAAAGUUUGUCAAUGCCUACUCCCCCAUCUUCUAUGUGGCCUUUUUCAAGGGGAGGUUUGUGGGAAGGCCUGGAAGCUAUGUCUAUGUGUUCGAUGGUUACCGCAUGGAAGAGUGUGCUCCAGGGGGCUGCCUCAUGGAGCUCUGCAUUCAGCUCAGCAUCAUCAUGUUGGGGAAGCAGCUGAUCCAGAACAACAUCUUUGAGAUCGGAGUCCCGAAGCUAAAGAAACUAUUUCGAAAACUGAAAGAUGAGACAGAACCUGGAGAAACGAACUCUGCCCACUCCAAACACCCAGAGCAGUGGGACCUAGACUACAGCUUGGAGCCAUACACAGGACUGACUCCAGAAUACAUGGAGAUGAUCAUCCAGUUUGGUUUCGUCACCCUCUUUGUGGCCUCCUUCCCUCUGGCACCUGUGUUUGCCCUUCUCAACAAUGUCAUUGAAGUGCGGCUUGAUGCAAAGAAGUUUGUGACAGAGCUGCGACGGCCUGAUGCUGUGAGGACCAAAGACAUCGGAAUCUGGUUUGACAUUCUCUCUGGAAUCGGCAAGUUCUCUGUUAUCAGCAAUGCUUUUGUCAUCGCCAUCACCUCUGACUUCAUCCCCCGCCUCGUGUACCAGUACUCCUACAGUCACAAUGGGACUCUGCAUGGCUUUGUCAACCACACUCUCUCCUUUUUCAACGUCAGCCAGCUGAAAGAAGGAACACAGCCUGAAAACUCACACUUUGACCAGGAGGUUCAAUUCUGCAGGUUUAAGGACUACCGAGAGCCACCAUGGGCCCCGAACCCAUAUGAAUUUUCCAAACAGUACUGGUCUGUUCUGUCAGCCCGUCUGGCUUUUGUCAUCAUCUUCCAGAACCUUGUGAUGUUCCUGAGCGUCCUUGUGGACUGGAUGAUCCCAGACAUCCCAACAGACAUCAGCGAGCAGAUCAAGAAAGAGAAGAGCUUACUGGUGGAUUUCUUCCUGAAGGAGGAGCAUGAGAAGCUCAAGGUGAUGGAUGAGCCGGCCCCGAGAAGCCCGGGGGUGGGCGAGUGGGCCAGGAGCCGGGCAGUCAGUGCAGCACCCUCGGGUCGAAGCCAGCCGGGCAGCAUGGCGUCCCCAGGUUCUCAGCACACCAAUGUGUGA